GUCGACAAGAGUUGCUAAACGCUUGCUUCAACAUUCAAAACCUACUGCGUGUGCGAAUUUGCAGAAUACCUUCCUCGAAAUAUCAAACAUGUCGUUCGUGCCGCAACCACAAACUUCUUGUUCACAAAGAGGCUUCUCUAAGUCUUGGCCCAAGGCUCAGACAACACCACGAUCGAAGUUUACACAAUGUCAUGCCGCAUCCAUUGCGGCGAACGAUCGGCCAAAGAAAGCAUCGAGGUCACCUAGUGUAGCCUCGGAAGACUUGGUCUUACUACCUCCUCCAAGCCCCUUGUUCCCUGACGAUGGCCCGGCUGACAACCCUUUCGAGACUUGGAAGGAUCUCAAGAAUUUUACUCGUGCGAGCGAUUUCCCGGAGGAAGAUAUGGGUGAAGCUUUUUCAUGGAACGAAAGGCAGUAUUGUGACAUAUGCAAGGGUUUUUGUCCGUUUGGUCUUGCAGGACGUAGAUAUGGGGAUGGUAUGAGUAGUGUUCCGAAGGCCGCCUUGCAGCCAGAUCCUUGGACAGAAGACGACUUCAGGGUUUACAACAGCCCCUUCGCCUUCUCGCCAGGACAGCUAAACAAACUAUUGAACCCGAAGUCGUUGGCUGCUUUCUAUGUACUAGGUGGUCUGCAAGGUAUCGAGCGUGGGUUACGGUCAGGCAGAUAUGCAGGAUUGGGCAUGUACGAAAGGUCUCUUUCAUACAUGAGACGUUUCGAACAAGGUGCAUUUGCAAGGAAGAAGGUCGAGGGACCACAUACCGAUGAACAACCCUCUUUCCGAAACCCGGAAGAUCACAGAAGGCAACAAGCGCUUAUGCGCAAGAGUCGGACGUAUCGGGAGGUUCAUAACAGAUGUAAACUACAAAGGGAGCCUUCCAGGCUUCCCAGAGAUCCGCCAGUGGGUGGAAUGAUACUGGACGCUGCCAACAAGAUCGACGACAACGAUUUCUAUCCACUCAGAACCGAGAUCGAGGUAAAGUGCGAUAAAAUUCUUGGUCAGAUAUCGCUGAAGAUUUGGAGGCGCGCAGCGGGAAAGAAUAAAUCUUGGAAGCGAUGCCCGAAAACUACAGUACCAAGACAGACCCACCAUAAGUGGGUGAGACUAAGCCCGAGCGGAUUUGAGCACCAGUUUGCGAAGUCUCCGUUAUGGUUACCAGCUGCAUUCCUGCGCUCUCAGGCAAGAAAAAAGUCCUCACGGCUGAGCUGCGUAGUACGGCGUCAAGUUUCAGAUCAGGUGCCGGAGCGAGCAAGACGUUACGAUCCUCAUAUUCAUAACAAUGAGGAUUGCUCUGUUGCGCUGCAUAGACGAUACCGUGCCACAACAAUAGCUCAUGAUAACAAAGUCCGAAAGUUUGGGCCCGUCGUGAUCGAGGACAUUAGAGAGCCAGCAGGUGCGUUCAUACGUUUCACAUGGAAAGACAACAUCCUCACAAACGGAGUCGGACAACUCGACCGAUUUCUACCGACUGGUCUCGUCUUUCGCACCGGCUGGUGUAUCGUCGGUUUCCUCCGCAAUGAAAGCCAUACGGACGUCUACUCACUGAGCAAUGCUUCAUUCGGUCAUUCGUCAGCCAGGACCGAAGUAUCUCGAGAGGCUCACGUCUUCCUUGAUGAAUACCAUGGGAACUGCAAAAACUACGCUAGGCGCUUGAAAAGUCGUAUGCGAGAAAGCGUAGAUUGUCUGGAAACUUUCUGGUACGGCGACAGACACGUUUUCGUCAUGGAGAUACAGAGGAAGCCUGUUCUUUUCAGACUGCGUAACAACGAAGAGGAGUUCCCGAUCCUAGUUGAUCAGAAUAAGUGCAAUGAGCAGGUAGCUCUGCAACGUCGCCGUUUUCGUGGCAAGCCUAGCUUUGCAGCAGUCGUAGGAGGAAGACGACCAAACAUUGAAUUUGACCAUCGACCAACGCCGAUGCCUAAGGACAAAUCCGCGCUCGAGAAAGAGUUGGAACAGAUUGAAAAGGCUCGACUGAAGAAGGCAGAAAGGCAAAGAGUGAAACGACAAUUACAAAGGGAUAAAAGGCUGGAAGAGAAGUUACAAAGCAUGGAGGGCCCAGUGGAAGAGAAAAGCGCCUAUCAAGUUCGUUCACAUUUUCUUAAAAUCCAAUCAUGCAGAUUGUGAAAGAGGGUAUACGGAAAUGACUGCACGACACCUAACAAGCUUUGAUAAAAGCGGAAAUGAAUCUUAUGGCCUUGAAGUAGGGUGAGCAGGC